AUGCCCGCGCCGAAGCGCGCCGGCUCGGUGACGCGCAAGCGGCCGUCCGGGAAGGCCGCCGCCGGGGCGUCGCCAACGCGCAGUCCCUCGAGCCUCAAACAGCGGGAGAGAGCCCUGGAAGCAAAGGAGUCCAGCAAGGGCCGCACCGGCAAGCUCGGGGCGAAAAAAGCGAGUAGAAAGGCCUCGAGCAACCUCCGCGGCGCGACGGGGUAUGAGAGCGACGCUCCAGCGACGCGCAACUCGGCCGCCGGGACCCCCGACGUCCCCAACAGCUACGACUCCGACGCGGGGGGCCUCAGUCCGAGCAGGUCCGCGUCCAUGACGCUCCCAGCCCGCUCCUCUUCGUCGACCAAACUGUCGAAGAAGGGUUCGUCCAGGAAAGCAGGGCCGACGUCGUCGCGGACGUCCCUGGCGGCCACGGGCGCGCUCGACGCGCCGGCUGCGGGGAAGGCGGGGUCGUCGCGCAAGCUGAAGAAGGCGUCGUCGUCGUCGAAGCGGCCGCUGGCGGCCACGGCGCCGGCGGGCGCGCUGCCGGGCGUCGAGUGGGGGGACGCGAAGAAGGCGCCGGAGGAGAAGAAGAAGGGCGCGAAGAAGAAGAAGGCCGAGGGCGCCGAGGGCGGCGGGAAGAAGAAGAAGGGCGCGAAGGGCAGCAAAGCUCGCACAGCGCCAGACGGGUUCCAGCUGACGCCGGAGGAGCAGGAGUACGUCCGGACGCGGAGCGUGGAGGUCGGGGCGGAGGAGGCUCUGUCGGCGGCGGUGGAGGCGGCGGCGUGGGCGGCUGCGGAGGAGGAGGUGGAGAGGUUGGCGGCGGUGGCGGGGCUGGUGCGGCCGCUCGUAGAGGCGGUCGUGGAGGCGGACCGGGCGGAGCGGGCGGAGCGCGAGGCCGCGAUCCAGGUGCUGCUGGAGUCGGCGCUGCGGUACGCCGAGGAGAAGGCUGCGGAGCGCGCGGAGGCGACGGCGACGCUGCAGAUGUUUGCGCGCAUCAAGGAGGAGCGCGACGUCGACGUGGGGUCCGCGGACGCCCUGGAGGACAUGCUCGACGAGCUCAUCCCCGCGAUCGAGGAGGAGCAGCGGCACGCCGCGACGGUGGUGCAGACGCGCUUCCGGGGGUACGACGCUCGCAAGAAGUACCUGCGGUUCCUCGGGGCGCGCGCGGUGCAGUGCGCGGUGCGGUGCUUCGUGGCGCGGCGGACGCUGCGGCACCUGCGGCGCACCGCGGCCGCCACGACGAUUCAGCGCUACUGGCGCGGGUUUGAGGGGCGGCGGUACGCGGCGGCGAUUCGGGAGAUCGAGAACGCGCGGCGGCGGGAGGAGGCGACGCGGACGAUACAGCGGUGCUGGAGGGGGCACUUGGGGCGGAAGGAGGCGGCGGCGCUGCGCGGGGAGGCGUGCUGCAGGAAUUGUGGGCGCGUGGCGCUGGGGUCGAUCGUGCUGUGCGACUCGUGCAACGACGCGUACCACGAGAAGUGCGUCGGAGGACGGCUGCACGGGAGGUGGCAGUGUCCGAAGUGCAGCCUUAUCCCGACGCGGGACCUGACAAUCGUGAAACCCCCCCCUCGCCCGCGCACGGGCGGGGGCUGGAACCUCCCCGGGGCCCCGACGAAGCGCACGCACGCUCAGUCCCCCGUGACGAACAUCGCGUACAUCCACGGAACCCCCCCCCGCGACCACGACCCGUCUGACGCGGAGGACUCUGAGGAUGACGUCAGGCCGCCGCAACGCCAACCCUCCCGCAAGGCCUCGUGGCUCAGGCUGCGCGACACCCCGGACGUCGACGACUCCGCCAUGGAGCGCGUCCUCGCCGACCGCGAGCGCGCACGAAACACCCCCAAUCUUGCUUUUUCCGACACAUACCCCCGGGGGAGUGACCCGCGCCAGCCGCCGCUGACGGCCCCGCCGCAGCAGCCCGCGGGGCCGGACCUCUCCGGCAACGCCGCGAUCCCGAACCCGUGGACGGCGGACGCGGAGCGCUGGGUCGCGGACGAUGUCGGGGCCGCGCAGCCUGCGGUGGAGCCAGACGCCAAGCCGGCGACGCCGCAGCGGCCGGGAUCGCGCGAUGCGAGGGACAGCUUGAAGAUCACGAAGAUCGUGGAGCGCUCGCAGCGGAUGAAGGACGCGCGGCAGAAGGUGGCCUUCGGGGUGAUGCUGGCGCAGCAGGCCGAGGCGCAGACGGCGUCGUUGAAGCUCGAGACGUCCGGGCACGUCGCGGCCGCGUCCGCGGCGCGCCGGGCGCCGCACGGGGCGGCGCCGCGCGGCCCCGCGAUGCUGUCGCGGCCGCUGCGGCUGCAGGCGCGCGUUCAGAGCGAGGCCAACCCGCUGCUGCGCGCGGCGCAGAAGACGGCGGCGCUGCGGGCCGCGCUGCUCGAGGACCUCGGCGCGGUGGCGAGCUCGCGGCCGCUGUCGGCGUUCCGGCCGCGGGAAGGUCCCCCGCCCGUGGCGCAGCUCGCGGGCAUUCUGGAAGCUCAGGACUCGCAGGGCUCGUUCCACGUGGACGGGAUGGUCGACGGGCUGCUGGCGGACUUCAGCGAAGACGACCUGGGGCUGCCGUCGACUGCGGACAACUCCCUGCGGCCGAUGGACGCUCUGUCGGACGCAGCGUCGCGCGAGGAGCACCUGCCGCCGAUCGGCGCGUGA